CCAUAUCGUCAACGACUCGAUACCCACCGAUUACACAAACAUCAUGGCGCCUCUCGUCCCUUCGCAGGCGGAGCUUGAUCGCCGGAGGAUCAUCGACAUCAACCCAGAAACGGUCUCCAACAUCCCCUCCACAGACUUCCCAGGUCACUGGCCGGGUGAGUCGCACGAGUGGAACCUGGAUAAAUUCAAAAAUGACUUCAAAGUUGAAUUCCACCGCAACGAAAGAUUCGAAUCUUCCUUCUCUCUGGUCGGCAUCGACGCAUCGAUCGCCAAUGCCUUCCGCCGUAUUGUUAUGGCUGAAGUGCCCACUGUCGCCAUCGAGUUCGUCUUCGUCCACAAUAAUACCUCUGUCAUCCAGGAUGAAGUUCUCGCACAGCGUUUAGGUCUGAUUCCACUGAAGGGUUCCGUGGAGGGUAUCAACUGGAUGCGCUGGUUCAAUAAGCCUACCGAGGAUGAUCCCGAGAGCGGCAGCAGUCCUGCCGAUUUCAACACGAUCGUCUUGCGACUGGAUAUCGAAUGUACUAAGAACCCCAACGCCGACCCCGAGGAAACCGAUCCCCGCAAGCUGUACAACAAUGCGCACGUCUACGCUAGAGAUAUUACCUUCCACCCUGUCGGACGUCAGGAACAGUUCUUCAUCGGCGAGGCAGCCAUUCAGCCGGUCAACCCAGAUAUCCUGAUUGCUAAGCUUCGUCCUGGUCAGAAGAUUGAUAUGGAAUUGCAUUGUAUCAAGGGCAUUGGAGCCGACCAUGCGAAGUUCUCGCCUGUUGCUACCGCCACAUAUCGUCUGCUGCCCGAAAUCAAAAUCCUGCGCCCAAUCCUUGGAGAAGAUGCUAAGAAGUUCGCCAAGUGCUUCCCUAAGGGUGUGAUUGGUUUGGAGUCUGUUACUCUGGAAGAUGCGGCGAAGCAAGGAAGCGGAUACGAAGGUCACGAGGGUGAGACAAAGGCGGUUGUCCGCGAUGCCUUCAAUGAUACCGUUAGCAGAGAGUGUCUGAGACACGAGGAGUUCCAAGGCAAGGUGAAGCUGGGUCGUGUGCGCGACCAUUUCAUCUUCAACAUUGAGAGCACUGGCCAGUUUGAGAGUGAUGUGCUUUUCUUGGAGAGCGUGAAGGUGAUGAAGCUCAAAUGCGCUAGGUGGAAGAGGGGAUUGGCGGACCUCAUGCGGUAAAGGUGUUCUACGCUAAUUCCUGCACUUCAUGUCAAAGUUCUUAAUGCAUGGUCGGCGUUGGUUCUGUCGUUAUUUUGCGAGUUUGUACAGUUUAUGAAAAGCCGGUCAAGACCUAUGUUGGGAGU